AUGUAUUACAAGAAACGACCCGAGCUCAUUAGCAUCGUUGAGGAUCUGUAUAGAGCCCAUCGAUCGCUAGCUGAAAGAUAUGAUCAGGUCAAGUUUGAUAGUGGAAGCCGCCACUUGAUCACUCCAUGGACAUCGUGUCCUUUACCUCUGUCCAAAUUCCGAACUUCGCAUUUGAUGAAAGAAUCAGAGAAAUCAUACGACAGCUACUCUGAGUCUUUUGACUUUGACCAUGAUUUUGAUUCUGUUGAAUCUGAUAUGUUUGAUGACCCCCAACACGCGUCUUUUAAUGAUGAAACUGAAGAAGAGGAAAAGAGUAGUAGUUCAGAUGAAGAAGGAAUGAGGUUGAGGGAAGAGUUAGAGAGGCUGAGAGAAGAAAACAAGAAAAUCUAA